AUGAUCUCAUUCAUCAAUUCUCAAAGUUCUAAUAGUCAAAAAACAUAUGAUGCGACAAAUAAAAAAAUGGAAAAGAAACUAUUAAAAUUUUUAGAUACAUUAAAACCGGGUAUAUGUUCGAAUAUCAUAUUAAAUAAAACAAAAACAAAUUUAUUUUCACCAAAAUUAAUUGGUCGACUUUUACCACAAGGUACAUUUAGUACACCAAUACAGGCAUUUGAAUAUUUAUAUGGCAUAUUUUGUCAAAUACAAGGUUUAUUAGUAAGAACAAAUAGUGUUCAAUCAACAGAAUUAAAACAAAUUACAUUUGAUCAAAAUAAAUAUUUAUGUGGUGCUGAAAUAAUUUUAGUAUUAGCUCCAAAAAAUAUUAGUUUAACAUUUUUUGCAUUUGUUGCAUUUGAUAGUCAAUUUAGAAUAUGUGGUUAUGAUGCACAAGUAAGAAAUAAUGGACUUACAUUUGAUGAUCCAUCAUCAACAGAUGCUGCAACAAUUCAAGGACUAUGUCAAGGUAUUCAACAAAUAUGUAAAGGUCGUUAUCAACAGUAUUCAAAUCGUAGUGAUUGUAUUAAUUUUAUGACAAAAAAAAUUCCAUAUGGUACAUUUGAUCAAGGUGAUCAAGAUAGUGUUACUUGUCGAACAAUUCAUAUUAAGUUAGCAUCAAUAUCACCAGAUAUACAUUGUCCACAUGUAGGAAAAACAGGAGGUGGAGCAUGUACAAAUAAAACAUCACAAUCCUACUAUAAAAAUGAUAAUUAUAUGAAAUGUGCAUAUAAACGACCUGAAUAG